AUGUACGAUGUAAUUAUUUUUAAUUCAGAUUCAGAUGCUCUUGCUUGCGAGGAAAGGAAUAAAAAAACGAAAUUGCAAGCUAUCGACGUGGAUCCCAGAUUCACCGAACCAGCGGAUCAACCAGCGGAUGUGAGAGGAUCAUCACAAGAGCAACCAGCAGAUGCUGUUCAAGAUACUUCCACCUAUGCGUGGAAACUUCCAUUUCAAGAAACUCUACAAGAAGGCGACUACAACUAUGCAAUAGAUCUCUUUCUUGAGGCAUUUAAGGCCACGAAUGAGCAAAAAAAAACAAUUUGGAAACACGAAAGACCGAAUUUGAGUUCACUAUUGGACCCACCGACCACACCUGAACCGAAAAGAAAUGAACCAUACUUGCUCAACAAUACUGCACUCAUUCCUUUGACCAUCAUUAUUUGGCCGAAUAAUGACCAAACAGCCGAGGCAUCACCAUGGGAUGAUCAGAAUUUUCCGAAAUUACAGUUCUGA